AUGGCAUCGGCUGGUGAGAAUGGGGUCACCACACACAGUAGGAAGCGCACACACCUUUCAGCCAAGCUUUCGUCACCUGAAUCUUCAAACAAAGAAGAUGCACUGCUUUCUGCUGAUUCACAUCUACAACUUCCAUCACAGAGUAUCUACAAACCAGCUCCUUUCAGUCAUGAGCCAGAAGCUUUGAAAAUCAGAUCGCAGGUUGACUACACAGUUAGAAUUUCCUUGGAAGAUUCAAAAGCUGGAACGGUACCAAGAGCGGUGAGAAUCUAUGCUGAUGGCAUUUAUGACAUGUUCCACAUGGGACACGCUCGUCAACUUAUGCAAGCCAAGAAUGCAUUCCCUAAAGCUUAUCUCAUAGUCGGAAUUUGUAGUGAUGAGCUGACAUUCAGGAUGAAAGGGCGGACAGUCAUGAAUGAUGCAGAGCGUUAUGAGGCAGUUCGACACUGUCGAUAUGUUGAUGAAGUUGUCACGGAUGCACCUUGGACUUUGGACAUGGAUUUUCUCGAUAAACACAAGAUAGACUUUGUGGCUCAUGAUGAACUUCCAUAUGCAACCACCUCUGAAGACGAUGUGUACCAGUUUGUCAAGGACAGGGGCAUGUUUUUGGCCACAGAAAGGACAGAAGGUGUUUCCACCACUGAUGUGAUCACCAGGAUUAUCAAAGAUUAUGACCUGUACAUCCGCAGAAAUCUGGCCAGGGGAUACUCUCACAAAGAAUUGAAUGUUAGCUAUAUGAAGGCUAAAAGACUCCGGUUAAAAGACAAUUAUGAAAGGUUGGAGAACAAGCUGAAGGAUAAAGGCAAGAACUUAAUGGACAAGUGGAAAGGGCAGCUUGACAGGGGCAACUCACUGUUACAUCGAUGGGAACAUAAGUCCAAGGAGUUUAUUGGCAAUUUUGUGGAUAUGUUUGGCAAAGAUGGCAAAUUUAGUCAGUGGAUACAGGAGAAUACUAUGAGAAUCGGCCGAGCCAUGUCUCCAUCUCCUUCACCUCUGCCAGAAUCCCCGCCCUCACCUUCUACCUCAGACCCAGGAGCCAGCCCUCCUACAAAACGAAGCCGCUACGCCCCGCCACUGAUUUUAGUGGAAGAGCAGGAUUCUGACACAGAUGAGGAGGACUAUUGA